AAGGAAAACAGAAUUUUGUUUAAGUUUAGGCUUGAAUAAUUGGAAUUUUGAUCAAAAUAAUGAAUAAAGUUCUGUAAUAGAAUCUUAUAUUGGUUCAGCAUCACAGUGAUUCUGCAGAUAUUGGACAAGUGAAACGCACCUGGUUAAAAUGUUGGAGGAAGAUUUAGAAAUUGCUGUAAAAGUUGUGGUGGUUGGAAAUGGAGCAGUGGGGAAGUCAAGCAUGAUACAACGAUACUGUAAAGGCAUCUUCACUAAAGAUUACAAGAAAACUAUCGGGGUUGACUUCCUUGAAAAGCAGUUGAGGUUAAACGAUGACGAUGUCAGGUUAAUGUUGUGGGAUACAGCAGGCCAGGAGGAAUUUGAUGCACUUACAAAAGCUUAUUACAGAGGGGCUCAAGCAUGCGUGUUGGCGUUUUCCACGACCGACCGAAACUCAUUUGAAGCUGUUGAAAACUGGAAGAGCAAAGUUGAGGAAGAAGUUGGGCCAAACAUCCCAAUCGCUCUUGUGCAAAACAAAAUUGACUUGCUUGAUGAUGCAGUUGUAGAGCAGCACGAAGCUGAGGGAUUGGCGAAAAGACUGAAGUUGAGAUUUUACAGAACUUCUGUUAAAGAAGACUUGAACGUAGAUGAAGUGUUCAAGUAUCUUGCAACGAAACACAUCCAAAAGAUGAGACAAGAAGGUGAGAAAGAAUCGGAACCAACUACAGUUCAACCUAUAAGACAAAUUGGUUUGUUCACUAGUACAGGCAGUGCUUCAAAAUCGAAUAAUAACAACGGGGACUCAGGAAACAUUGGGGGUGAGACCAUCACCCUUCAACCCAGCAAAUCUAGGGUGCCGUCAAAAUCAAAAAAUAUUUUUUCAAGAUGCAAAGUGUUCUGAAUAAUGUUGUACUUUGGCUUUGAAUGAGUUGUGUUUUAAUCUAAAUAAGCAUACGGAGCUUGUUUUAACUUAAUUUUUUUUGUGACAUUUUGGACCAGUGGGACACAGGCCAGAUUUUUUUGAAAAAAUUUGGCCAGAUUCUGUAUUUUUUUUUGACUAAGGAUGCAUAUUACAGAGUAUUUAACUAUUCUAAAAUUCUGAAUUGUGCAUCCCUAGUUUUAACCUAAAUAAGUACACCAGGCUUGUGUAUGAUAAGUUAAAUUUUGUUGCGGCUUUUUGGGCCAGCAGUGGAAAAAAUUGCUCAUAUUUACACGACAGAUUUUGUCUUUAAUUUGACCUUAGGCAAUGCUUGUAAUAAUACACUAAUGGCUGAAGGAAAUACUUUUCUAUAUCAAAAAUUUUCUAUAUCCAGAAUAUAAAGUUUGAUUUGCCUGUGAGCUCUAUUUUCUUUACCCUGGUUGAGACAAUAUUUCCAAACAAGCAAACCAGUAUUUUCCACAAAUUUUAAACCAUACAUUUUUUCUUCUCUUGCAGCCCUUUUUUUUUCUUCUCUUGCAGCCCUUUUUUUACACUAAUAGCCAAAUAUAUGAAAGAUUUGAUGCCAACUUUUCAUGUUCCUAUUUGUAAAAUUGUGCUUUUACCAAAACCUAGUUUCUCAGUGACGAAAAAUCACUUCUAUUUUUGCGAGUUUUGUUUUACUGCACUGGACUAUUACGUGGCCCCUUUUUUUAAAUUUUUUUUUUACGGUGCUUUUUAAUUAAAAAGUUUUCUGUAUGCCAAAUAUUUUUAUCUCACUUAUAACUUGAGCUGACUUUAUUUUUGUGGCACAUUCUGCACUUUGUUUAUAUUUUAGCUUUUGAGUUAUACAGACCAGUCAAAAAAUGGGUUUUGGAUUUUAAAAUGCCGUCCCAGUGGUCACUGCUUUAAAACUCUUGAAAUAUUUGAUUUUUUGAAAAAAUAAUUCCAAUUAAAACCGCACUAAUCCAUUAAUAGCAUCCCAGUAUUAUUGUUUUCGCAUAAAAAUAACAUUUUUUUUCAAUAAUUACCAAAUAAAUUUAGAAAUUUGGAAAUAUGUAAAGUUUUUCAUUUCCUAAACUAUGUUUUAUGUACUAAAUUAAAGCCUAAAAUUUUAUAAAUAAUAUUUAAAAUACGUAAUUUUUACAAAGUUUUAAAGUAAAAACAAUUACAUGUUUGCCGAAUUUGUCUAAAAUUCCGUGUGAAAGUUUAAUUGGCAAUUUUUUUAUGUUAUAUAUUUUUUUAAAUUAAUUACCAGCUAAAGCUACCUUGUACUUUCAUGCUUUAAAAGUGUUAAAAAUCUUCUAAUGUUUGUUACAUUCGAAAUAUUGCGUCUGCUUACGCGCGUGUAUUCUUAUUUCUUAUACUCCAAAGCGAAAUUUGAAUUUUCAUCUUAAUUAUUUGCUGCACUCUAUUAUAAAUUGGUACAAUUUUUUUGAUUAGCGUUAAAAUUGUGUUAUGUACUGCGUUCCAAAAUCGAUAAAUUGAUUCUUUUUUAAUUUAUCAUCGACCAAACGAACACAAAAUAAGUUUUAAAAAGGUGGUUUUUAACAAGUCAUAAAAAAACGUACGUAUUGUACAAAUUUUACAAAUUUGGAAAAUGUGAGCAAAUUUUUUUGUUUAAAAUAGAAGUAAUUUAUUUUGUUUUAGUAGAUUUUGUGCGUUUAAAAUUGCAGUCUGGCGGAAAAAAGGUUUUUAUAUAGUCGUAAACUGGUACAUACGAGAUUUUUAAAUUAACUGGCAAACGUUUAAGAACCACUGUUUUAAACUUACAGUUUUAAAACCGUUUUUGUUAUCGUGAACAUUUACUCAAAAAUGCGCUUUUACGCUCGUUUUUAUUUAUACUGACAAAAUUAAUUAAUAUUUAAUUUGCAAACAAUUUAAUAAUAAACAACAUAUAUAGUAGGCUUAUGUAUUAAUAGACAUCUAAUUUAAUUCUGUGCAUUUUCCCAAGAAUCGGUGACGUAACAAUUAUAAUGUAUUACGUAAUAAAACUGAUCUACGUCA